GUUUUGAAAGGCAAGCGGAAGAGUUCCUCAAUGCAGUCUUUUACAGAAAAGACAGUCCUAGGGUCUCUGACCCCAAUAUUCCCCUAGUGGCCCGUGAGAUCAUGCAGCGAAUGAUCCGACAGUUUGCUGCUGAAUAUACCUCAAAAAAUAGCUCUACUCAGGACUCCAGCCAGCCCAAUAGCACAAAGAACCAAAGCCUGCUGAAAGCAUCUCUGGUCGCCUCCUCUCCCACGGCUGCAACUGCUCAGAACCCUGUGCUCAGCAAACUUCUCAUGGCUGACCAAGACUCACCUCUGGACCUUACUGUCAGAAAGUCUCAGUCAGAACCUAGUGAACAAGACGGUGUGCUUGAUUUAUCCACUAAGAAGAGUCCUUGCGCCGGCAGCACCUCUCUGAGUCAUUCUCCAGGGUGCUCUAGUACUCCAGGAAAUGGGCGACCUGGGAGACCCAGCCAGCACCAUCCGGAGGGACUACAGAGUGGUGAUGGGGUACCUCCAAGAAGCUUGCAGGAUGGAACCAGGGAAGGUUAUGGCCACUCCACAUCUCUUAAAGUACCGCUGGCUCGAUCACUCCAGAUUAGUGAAGAACUGCUGAGCAGAAACCAGUUUUCUACAGCUGCCAGCCAUGGGCCAUCUGGACUACAGAAUCACGGACAGCACUUAAUAUUAUCCAGGGAGGCUUCUUGGGCAAAACCACACUACGAAUUCAAUUUCAGCCGCAUGAAAUUCAGGGGAAAUGGUGCACUCAGCAACAUCAGUGACCUUCCUUUUCUUACAGAAAACUCUGCCUUUCAAAAAAUGGCACUUCAAACUAAACAGGAUGGGAAAAAGGACGUGAGCCAUUCGUCUCCUGUGGAUUUAAAGAUACCACAAGUUCGAGGCAUGGACCUUUCAUGGGAGUCCCGCACUGGUGACCAGUACAGCUAUAGCUCUUUGGUAAUGGGUUCACAAACGGAGAGCGCGCUUAGCAAAAAGUUAAGGGCUAUCCUUCCAAAACAAAACAGGAGAAGUUUGCUGGAUGCUGGACCAGAUUCCUGGGGCUCAGAUGCUGAGCAGUCUACCUCUGGACAGCCAUAUCCCACCUCAGAUCAAGAGGGAGAUCCUGGCUCCAAGCAACCUAGGAAGAAGAGAGGGAGAUACAGACAGUACAACAGCGAGAUACUGGAGGAAGCAAUCUCUGUAGUUAUGAGCGGGAAAAUGAGUGUUUCCAAAGCUCAGAGUAUUUAUGGGAUCCCCCACAGUACACUGGAGUACAAAGUUAAAGAGAGGCUGGGCACUUUGAAAAACCCUCCAAAGAAAAAAAUGAAAUUAAUGAGGUCGGAGGGGCAGGAUGUUUCAGUAAAGAUUGAAUUAGAUCCCCAGGGAGAAGCAGCACAAAGUGCGAAUGAAUUGAAAGAUGAGUAG